AUGACGUACAAGACUUUUGCGGUUUCGCCAUGAAAUCGGCUUCGUGUGGACGGGGCCCAAUACGGUUCCUGUGCUUCUAUGGCUCUUAAAAUUGUCCCCGUUUUCAUCCGUGACGCCCCCAUUCUUGCGCUCCUCAGACAGAGCGGGAACACAAUUUCAAACGUAAAUGUAUUAAAGGGGAAGAAAGUUACUCAGUGUGAGUGGAGUCAAGCACUGCGUCUUCAUUUGAAAUGGGAGGAGAGACUGAUGAGGAAGGAGAUGGAGCAAAUAAAACAUCCAAGCCACCAGUAAGAAAAAAAAGAUUUACAAGUUACAAUCCUGACUGGGCGAAACUUUCUGAGUUCAAAUGGGUACGGCCGAUCCAGGGAGACCAUUUUUCAGCCACGUGCGUUUUGUGUCCGGCGAAAAAUCUCAGUAAAAUAUGAAGGGGAAAACGCAUUGGAAAUCCAUGCAAAAACAUAAAAACAUCAAGUUGUGCUCUCAAACAAACAAAAACACGCAGCCAUUGCAACUUUUAUGACCAAAAAAGCUUCACCAGAAGAAGACAAGAUUGCAGCGGCAGAGCUUUGCAGUGUUUACCAUGGAGUGAAACACGGCCACAGCUACUUAUCAACGGAUUGCGGCAAUAAAGUAAGUGCGAAGAUCUUUAAUGAUUCUUCUAUUGCCACAAAAAUGUCAUGUGGAAGAACAAAAAGUGAGGCUUUAGUUCAGAAUGUCCUAGCUCCUUACAGCCAGGAGCAUUUAGCCACAGAACUGCAAAAGGCACCAUAUUUCUCUGUGUGUUCUGACGCAUCAAACUCGGGCAACGCAAAAUUUUAUCCAUAUACUGUACAGUAUUUCCACGGAGAACAGGGCGUUCAAUAUGGGCUGUUGGAAUUUUAUGAAGACCCCCAUGAAACUAGCCGUGCUAUCUAUGAGCAAAUUGUGGACAUCACAGAAAAAAAUGCUCUGCGUGUAAAUCAGAUUAGCGCAUAUGGAGCUGACAAAGCAUUUGUGAAUUUUGGCAAGCAUAACUCAGUUUUCCAAAAACUGAAAGAAGUCAAUCCACACAUCAUGAAGGGAAAUUGCAAAUGUCACUUGAUCCACAACACCCUGAAAAACGCAAACAGAAUUUUCAGUGCUACAGGUUAUGAUGCUGAAGCUAUUGUCUUAAAAAUCCACAGCGAAUUCUCAUGCUCAGCCAAAAGAGCAGAUUCUCUGAAGGAGUUUUGCGAGUUUACUUCAGAACAGUAUAAAGAAAUACUUAGGCAUGUUCCAACCCGUUGGCUAUCUCUGUUGCCUGCAAUUCAGCGGAUCUUGGAGUGUUGGCCUGCCUUGAAGUGCUACUUUUUGACUGUCCUGACAUUAUUUGGAGGGUUAUGUGCAAAAGUGCUGCUGAUGCUGCCACCGAAAGCAGCGAUGAGGAUGAGGUGACAGUGUUUGAAUGUGUCCUGCUGUUCCUUCACAAUAUCAUGCAAGAGUUUCACUGCGCCAUUCUGAAGUUGGAAAAUGAGAGUGCUAUGCUGCUAUCCAUUUGGAUGGUACGCUGGUACGAACGACCAGCUUCAGCGAGAACGUGACGUCUUUCCCUUGCUCCAGCCUUCCAGUUUGCCAUUUGUGUCCGACGAGUUUGAAAAGAAUGGACGCCAAAAGGAGAGCAGUUUUGUCGAUCACACUGGACACUUUCCUAGAACAGGAAUUCAUGGCUGUUAUUUUCCUGAAACAGUUCCAGAAUCUCGUGGAAGAAGAUAGAAGUAAACGCAAACGGGCUGUGGUUGAGGCUCUGUCUGUGCUGCGGCCCAGAGUGAACAUUAUCCGGAAGUCUGGCACAGAGUGGCAGAUAAUGCUAGACAUGGAUGACCACACAUUUGCCCGGCAUUUCAGAAUAUCAAAAACCCAGUUUGAGGUCCUUAAAGGGUACCUACAGGAGGGUGGCCUGCAAAGUGACCACAAUCAUGGGCUGCCCCCCCUGCCUAUUGCCAAGAAGGUACUCAUGUUCCUGUGGUACAUAGGCAACCAGAACUGCUUCCGGGAGAUAUCAGACAAGUUUAACGUCUCAUCUUCAUCAGCACACCGCGCCAUACUCCAAGUGCUAACCAUCAUAUCCACCCUUGGCUGGGCUUUUGUCUCUUGGCCUAAAGGCUGUGAGAAGAGGGUGUCUGCCACCAGCUUCCAACGCACAUGUGGCCUUGAGAGGGUCAUUGGAGCGAUUGAUGGCUGCCACAUUAGAAAACAGUGUCCAUGGGUCAGAGGAGUGGACUACAUGAACAGGAAGUCCUUCUACUCUGUCCUCCUCCAGGGGAUUGUGGAUGCUAAAGGCCGAUUCAUCAAUGUCUUCACGGGAAUGCCUGGCAAAGUGCAUGAUGCCCGGCUGCUGCAGUCCUCCUGGGUUUUCCAAGAAUGGCAGGAGAGGAUGGGGGAGUACCGUCUGCUGGGGGAUAGUGCAUACAUCGGUCAGGAUUUUCCCUUCAUCAUCUCCCCCCGGCGUGACAACGGGGCUCUUACUGAUGCAGACCUUCGUCGCAACACCGACAUCAGCCGGGGAAGAUUCAUCAUUGAGCAGGCAUUUGGGAGAAUGAAAUGCAAGUGGAGGCGCAUUAGAGACUUGCUGAACACAUGCACUGUCACUAUUGCGAAGAUCAUCUUGGCUGCAUGUUAUCUUCACAACUUUGCCCAAGGUGCCUCGAUAGGAUGUGAUGAACACCCAGAUGGAUGUCCAAGAGAGGAUGAUGCCAACCAGUAGGAAGAAGUGUUCAGGCAAUUCUUGGCAAAACAAAAGACUAUUUCUGACUUCUAUUAUGUUCAUUAUUCAUUACGUUGAUUCAUCUAUUACGUUCACUAUUCCUGUGUUUUGGAAUAAAAGUGUUAAACCUUAAAAGUUAUGCUUCUUCAUUUGUAAACCAAUUUAUAUAAUGGGGGAAAUGGAAAGGCUUGGGUAGAAUAGUAAUCACAUUGUAGAACCAGAUAAAAACAGUUAAGUCAAUGUGUGAAAAUGUCUCGGGUGAAAUUCAAACACACACAGGCAUGGUCGAGUUUAUAAAUAUAUUUUGUUUUACUAUAGGGUAUAAAAAGGCAAGUUGGACAAAACAAAGUUAUUCCAAUAAUACAACUCUUGUAAUAAUACAACUCUUGUUAAUAAAGGGCAAAUUGUUUGUAUAAAAUAAAUGCAAAUAAAUAAUAAAGUGAACAAAAUAGUGCAAAACAAAGGUUAAUUUAACUUGAAUGAACUUGGAACUUAAACGCUUAAAGCAUUGAACUUAAAUGCUUCAAAAGCAUUGAACUUUAAUGGACAGGAUGAUCGCCUCACAUCUUGUCCACCAUCCUUGUAAACUGCGUGAGGAGCUCCCGCCGAUCUUCCCACAUCUCCCGCAGGGUUUCCUUCAUGAAGUCCUCCUGCCGCUUCACAGCAUCAGCCCUCUCCUGAUCAGACGACUGCAGGUAGGCCACCAGCUCAUCCUGCUUCGUUGGACGCUUCCGUGGCCUCGGUGUCUUAUUGGGCACUGGAGUUGAACUCGAAGCAUUAGGAGACGGGGAAGAGGAGCUCGUGGACCACACUGGUGAGGGAGCUCUUGUGAGUGGGGUUGAAGAUGCUGUGCUGGUGGUAGGCACAGCUGGGGGAGCCCUGUCCUCUGACAAUGGUGUGGGGGCACUGUUCGACCGACUCAGUGCGUCCGGUCGACGUACCACCACACCAUGUCCAUCGCCCGCAAGGACAGGUGGGUCAACAUCAUGAUGCCCCCCCAGCAGUUCUUCCAUCUCCUUAAAGAACUGGAAGCGGCCAGGUCCCCUUCCAGUGGAAGCAUUGUGGUCUUUGACCUUUUUGUAGCCCUGCACCAGUGUCAACCCCUUCCGCGCCACCUUGUUUGGGUGGAAGUCUUCCCCAAACUGUGUGGAAAGCUUUGCAGCCAUCUCUUCCCACAGCAGUUUUUUUGUUUUCUUCCCCAACCUCAUCCUCCGGUUGAAUUCAUCAAAGGUCUUUGCUGGUCCCUCGCCCUCUACCGCAAGAUGAAUGCCCAUCAGGUGGAUGAGGAAGAGGGUUUGAGCUUUAUCAAUCACCUCGUUCAACCGCCUUGGUGGAUUCGGAUGGAUAUUGCAGGUAUCUGAAUCCUAAAAAAAAAAAAGAAACAGCACAGUACAGGGAUAAAUGACGGUUGAAGUACACUUAUGUCUACAGUGUCAUGCUUCUUAAUAAUUCGACCGUGCAAGUGCAAUCCAUUGUGUGUAUGGUGGCAGCCACCAUGAGGCCCUCGUCCACAUAGUACUGUCCUGGUCUGUGGUCCAGCUGGUACAGAUUACCAAUAAAUGACAUGGUCCUGUCCUUGUCCAGAAAUGCAUUCAUGCUCUGGUUGAGGAAAACUAUUUUGGAAAAAAAAAAAAAUCCAGUGUAUAAUGGUUGCCAGCUUUUACAGAAACAUUAACAUUGCAAGCCUUUUACAUUGCAAUAAUAUUUUGCCAUUUUCGCCAAUUUUAAUUUCAACAAGUGCUGUCGUGUUUCUGUCGAGCCACGAGGGGUAGUAGCGGGCUAGUCAUCAUUAGCAACAUAGCCUAUUUAGCAAACAUGCUUGAAAACAGAACUUUACAUUGAAUUGCACGCAAAGCAAGACCGUGCAAUGCAUAAAUUGGUCACCGGAUUAAAGCAGCAAUGAAAUUAAGUAUGUAAGAGGAUUUAAAUCAACAUUAUAACCACCAACAAGAAAAUACGCAACCUACCAUUGACUGCUUGACGAGUUGUACAGCUCUGCUCGCUCUACUUUGAAAGCGACGAGAUGCUAUGACCAAAAGGGGGCGUGCCUCAGCGCAAUGCCACAAGAUGGCUGGGAGAUUUGCGACUUCACCACUUCGUACAUCCAAAUGGAUAGCAGCAUGCUACUCUACUUGACAUUCUGGAAGUCAUGAGUCGACUGCGCAGCCAACUAAACUUGCGCCGUGCAGACAGGUUCUAUGGUCAUAAAACAAAGCAAGCAACCCGAAAACUGAGUGCAACAGAACAAUCAAAGUUUGCAACACUGAUUGACUGCUUCUUUGAAAAGGCCAUUCUGUACCUUGAGGCUAACUUUGAUUUUGAUGAUCCAGUUUUAUCUCACACGAGCUGUCUGCGUCUAAGCGGUCCAAUGGAGUGGGAUGCACUCAAGGGAUUGGUCAACAAACUAGCUAUGGACAUAGAUGAACACAAACUGUACCAGGACUACACUGUACUGAACAGUGUCUUUGAAUUCAUCCCAGAAAACCUGGCACCAGACAAGAAAUGGGUGUAUUUUUUCAAGAAGGCGCAAACUGCAACCAAACUGCUCAAAGUGGUGUCUUUUGUUUUCUCUGUAUCUGUCAGUAACGCCUAUACUGAGCGUGUGUUUAGCCACAUGGAGGAUGUCUGGUCAGACAAAAGAAACAGGAUGUCAGUGGGGUUGGUCAAAGCAGAACUUCAAGUAAGACUAAACUUUAAACUAUCAUGCGUUUAUAGCGUUCAUCGAGGGACAGCAUGGACUACUGAAGGCAGCAAAAGGGGAUGCCAAAUACACACGGAAAAAUAGGUGAGUGGCUGCCCAAAUUCAUCAAGUUAAAAUGUUUGUAGUGCAUUAUAAUAUAAUGACAUUCAAUCAUGUUUUCGUCUGUAUUUUUAAAAUUUGUAUUCAAUGUAGAAAGGGGCAGCAGCAGACACAUGAGUCCAGAGUGAGUGCAGGGUCAAGUUCAUCUGUGUCAGGGUCAAGUGCAUCUUUGUCAGGGAGAAAAUCAGCGUCAGGACGACAAAUGGGUAAGGAAAGAAAUAGGGAGUCUUACAACUGUCAACCUAGUAUAUUUUAAUGUCCAAUCAUGUUUUCAUCUGUAUUUUUUAAUCUAUUAAUUUCAGAACAGAGUAGCAGCAGCAGAUCAAGGAGUCCAUCCAGUGCAACAGAGUCAAUCAAACUGGCUGCGCUGAAUUUAGGAGUCCGAGGUAGGAAACCCAAAACGCUGCCGUGUUUGGGUGCAUGAUAGAGCUUAGAUCGGGUUGGAUUAAAUAAUCUUGGAUAUAAAUAACAAUAAUCGGUUUAAAUAACUUCACAUGGCGUGUCUGGUGUGUUUCCAGCAUUGUCUGGUGUGUAUCAGUUUUGAUAAGCCCCUGUGUUCCCCAGCCAUAGCGGGUGCUCCAUCGGUAACAAUGCCGCUAACUUUACUUUUUAUUUAUUUUAUUUAAACUUUAUUUUUCCAGAUAAAACAUUAAGAACAGUUUCUUAUUUACAAUAUUGAUCUGGUCCAAGAGGCCCCCACCAGGAAUAAAAGGUACAAAUAACAAAAACACAAGCAUGACUAGGGUUGGGUAUCGUUUGAAAAAUUUCGAUACCGAUACCUAAACCCAUACCUUCACGAUACUUUAUAUUAUGAAAACCUUAUAGGAUUAUCGGCCAACUACUUUUCUAUAAAUUAUUAUACAUUGAGCACCAUAAUUCGUUAAUAACUCUAGCUUAUAACUCGAGAUUAAAAGGAUACAAUGACAAUGAGGUCAACGUGCAAACUGGCAGAUUUAUUGUGAAGGCAUUUUCAUAUAUUUCAAAUGAUCAUAUAUACAACAUAAAAAAAAUUAUAUUUGCCAUCUACGUGGUUACUAAUGUUAAAGUUGCAGUAACUUGUAUCUAUCCAUUCUCAGUUAGAAUUCUUAUGGAGGAAGAUAAUCAUAUCUGCCUUUUCUGGGAGGAGUCGGGCCCUUUCCAGACUAAUUGUGUCCCCAGCAGUUGAGAGAGUGCGCUCAGCUGGAGUGGAGGAUGCUUGGGGACACAAGUACCUAGCACUAAGAUCAAACAAGAUCGGUAAAGUCUCCUUUCUCUCCAACCACCAGAUUACUGUAUUUGUUGAGGUCAACACAUCAGAUAGGCUUCUAUACAGCUCCAACUCCUUUCUUGUCCUCUCUGCAUCAGUCCGCGUGUUGGCACCAUUCACAUCACGGCUGGCACUGAUGGUUAGGGCCCCGUCUUCUUCCACAAAGAGUUCACCGAGUGCAGUCAGGGGGGUCGACCUCUUUUGUGGUGGAAUCUGGGAAAGAAAAAAAAAGCAGAUGAAAGCAACAUGGCUCAGAAUGACACUCAAGACGGGACAGUGGCAUGGCAUUGAUAUUAUCAUAUACAUCAUUUUUCCUUAGCUCUUACACGCCAUCAUCCUCAUUCCCUUCCAGUGAUGCUUCUUCUUCCUCCUCCGCCUGGCCAUCAUCAGAUUGAUGUUCCUUUAUAAAUGGAAAGAGAUGUGUUUAUGAUUACUUCCAUACAUAAGUCUCUAUAAGAUAUAUAGAUCUUAUAUAAGAUCUAUAUCAUUUUUUUAUAUCGUUUUUCCUUCCUUAGCUUAUUAUGACUAACUGCCAUAGUAAAGGGAGUCAGGGAGGGGGUGGAAUCAGCUACACUGCUGCUGGCUUGGACAGAUGGACCUUAGUACGAAAUGAAAUAGGAGAUAGUCAAAGGCAAAUGCAAAGCCAACUAACUAACAAACGGUAGUGUUUUAUUUACAUUAUACUACAAUCACACACCAUUGUUGGUGACUUUGAAAAAAAAAAAUCUUUGCUCAAGGAUCUAGUAAAUUACGUUAGCUACCGUAAUAUUAGCUGGCACACAGCUAACCUGCUAUUAGCUAGCGAACUUCUAGCGGGAAACGUACCUGUUAUUUCAUCGUUGCUAGCAGAAGAAGACCCAGCAGAUGGAGUGUUGAAGACGGUGCAGUUGUCCAGUCUUAAAUUGAUGCCAUGGAUGAUCAAAUGUUUCAUCAUAGUUGAGGUGUUCCCGGACUUGCAUUUUAUAAUCGCCAAGCAACGGUUGCAUUUUACAGUAUUGCUGUCAAUUUUGACGAAAUAUAACCACGUUUUAGAACGCAUCUAGCGCUAGCGUGAAGUUCAGUGAAUUUGCCCCGCUUUCAACUCGAAGGCAGUCACGAGUCUCAGGUCACCCAAAUAGCUUCAUGCUGAUUUGUCAGUCAAGUCGCCUGUAUACAACAACAACAGUACUGAUUGGAUGGCUGCUGUAGAUAAAAAAUAAUGAAAUAAAAGCUUUCACGUCGUCUACCGUAAAGUAUCGAAAUUUGGCACCUUUUUCUCCAAAUAAUUCGAUACUCGGUAGGACCGACAUAAUUCGGUCGGUGCCAAAUGGCACCGUUGUUCGAUACCCAACCCUAAGCAUGACUAAUUUAGACAAACAUAAAACGGAUAGACAAAUACAUAGCCUAUGUACAGAAAGAAAACAGAAAACACCAAUGCACUAUUAAUAAUAAUAAUAAUAAUAAUUAAGAUGGGUCAAUGUUAUAUUGUGUGUGAAGGGUGUAAUGCAAAUGAGAAACGGUGGAAUCAACAGGAGCAGGGGGGGUCUACUAAGACAUAGUUAAGUUUCUGCUUGAAGGCAGACUGUGAUAUGAAAGCUGUAAGUUUGAGGGUGUCUUGAAUUUUGUUACAGUCAAAAGCUGGUGCAAAAUGAAAGGAGUUUUGGCCGAAGGUAGUCCUGGUGAGUGGGUUGAUGAGUUUUAUAAGCUCAGAUGAUCUUGUGCGGUAAGUGCUUCUAGAGAGAUGGAGAAGGGAGGAAAGGUAAGACGGGGUCUUGCCCAGGAGUGUCUUAUAAAUAAACUGAAGCCAAUGUCGGAGUCGACGGGUUUGGAGGAAGGGCCAGUCCACCAGUUUGAAAAGUUCACAGUGGUGUGUAUUAAAGGGAGCAUUGGUGGCAAAGCGGAUAGCUGAAUGGUGAAGAACGUCCAUUUUGUGUAGCGCUGUUUUUGAAGCCAUUUUAUAGAUUGUAUCACCAUAGUGAUAGUGUAAGUAAGUUUAGCAGAGCGUGUGAAGGAUGCUUUGUUCCGAAAGAAAAAGGCCAAUCUGGCUUUCACUUUAAUCUGAAUAUUAUUAAUAUGGGUGGAGAAUGAAAGGGAAGAGUCCAGCCAAAGCCCUAGAUAUUUAUAGGACUUGACAAACUCCAGUUCGGAGUUGUCAGCGCAAACGAUCUUGGGGGGGCUGGAGGUGUUGUUUUUUCGAUUGAAAAGUAUGAAUUUUGUCUUUUUAGAGUUGAGCCGUAGGUGGAGGUUGUGGAAAGAGUGCUCAAUAAAAGUGAGACUGUCUUGAAGAGUGGAGGCCGCGGAGCAGAGAGAAGGGCCAGAGGCGUACAGUAUAGUGUCAUCAGCAUAAAGGUUACUCCAUGGCAGUUUAAAUUCAUCAUUAGCUGAACAGACAGAGUCAAAUAAAUCCACACCUCUUGUCUGGCCUUUUAAACUUUUGAGGUCCAGCAGCUCUUCUGUUAUAUUCAUUUCAUCAUCCACUCCUCGCAAAAAAAUAAGUAACUGGGCAGUGUCAGACGCGUCUGUGCUUUCAUCACAGGCUAAAGAAAAAAAGUCAAAAUUCACUCCCCUGUCACCCACUUGCCUCUUUACGUCCGCUUAUAUUUUUCAAUUCUGCGGGCCACGGUGUUGCGCGCUAGACACGUAUUAGCAAACUCUUGCUGCUUUUCGGGGCAAAUGUUAUCCACCAUCUUCAUUACACAGUCUUUGACAAACUCGCCCUCUGUAAAAGGCUUCCCGUGUUUAGCGAUUAGCAUCGCCACUUCAUAUCUGGCUUUGGUGCUGUUUUCUACGGGGUCCCGAGCCUGGGUGAAGAGCCGCUGCUGGGAAGCUAAACCGGCUUCAGCUGCUUUACUUUUUCUGCACGGUCGCUCCCUGUGAACUUGUUGUAUGUGUUACGGGUCCCAGGAUUGGGUGCCACGGCAACAAUAAAGAAAUCUGUAAUGUACAGAAAAUGGUGAGAAACAAUGAAGACACGACUGCUCAGUUCGUCAUCCAAGUUGCGUCUCUAUUCAAAUUCACAAAUAAAAUACAAACAUUUCUCUGAGUGUCUCUUGUUCAGUCUUCAACUGUUUAAGUACAUCAAAUAUUAACUACAUCGUACAUCCUAUUCUAAUUCACAUUCAUGUUAUAGCUCGUGCACAUUCAAUAUUCUCCAUUAGUCCACUUGACUCUACUUGAGCAACGUACUCAUUUACAUUCACCUGUUUAAGUGAGUUAAAGCAUUAAUAAUAAUAUAGUGCAAUAAACAGCAUUAAUCCACUGUACUUGAAUGCAACAUGUUGUUGGCAAUCAUUCUCGAUUCACACACACUUAAAUAACACAUAAGUAUUACUCAGAGAAAGCUAAACGUUUUCAAUACAAAGUUAACCAAGUUGUGACUGGAUGUAACAGUAACAUUUUUAUCUUUAACCAGUAUGCAUUAAUAUAAACAUUCUUUCAAACUUGUAUAUCUGUAACCAUGAACCUUUAACAUUUAUUCAUAUUCCCAUUUGAACUGUAGUGUAAAGGAGACCACAAAUAAAACUAACACUGUGCAAAGUGCUGACAAAAACCCUUACAUUUCGCGGAAUGCCCGCAAGGCAAUACACAGGGUGAACAAUAAACCCAUAAUCGGCGGGAACUGCCGUUUCGCGCCUUCCGGUAUUUACCCCUGCCAUUGUACUCAACGGCGGUAUUUUAAAGUCUCUUAAGUUCGCUAAAAACACAACAAAACAUAACCCGAACUUCUUUAACAGUUAUACAUAUAAAGCAAGGCUUUAGAAGGUUGACAUUUUAUAGUUUGAACCAACUACUGACCUGUAAUGUACAGAAAAUGGUGAGAAACAAUGAAGACACGACUACUCAGUUCGUCAUCCAAGUUGCGUCUGAGGACGCGGGAGGAAGUGCUCCCGUCUGACGACAACCCGGAACGCAACUACUUCAGUGUCAACAGUUCCACCUGGGUGCUGCUUAGAUUUUAAGUUCCUCUCAACACUAAUUAUGAGGAAUAAAUGAAUGCACUGGUCUCAUACAUUUAUAAAAAUCGUUUCAAGCCCUUCAAUUCAGAGAAAAUUACCUUCUGCUAAUAUAAAUCAAAUAAUCAGUUUUGAGAGUACCACAUAUGCAUUAGCAUGGGUUGUCUGAUAGUGUCUCUUCACAUUGAAUUAUUUUGCAACGGCGACACUCUGGUUGCAAAUAAGGCAAACGCAAUUGUUUCUGCUUUCAGUGAAGAAAUAUUGUAAUUUCCAUCGCUCCUGGAAGCGACGGUCCUCUUUAUCGGCCUUCCGCUUUUUAGCUACAGCAGCCAUGAUGUAAGAAUCCAUAGAUGGCCAUAAAUAAUACAUUUUCGCAAGGGAGCCGCGGGCCAAAUAAAAUAUAACCCCGUGCCAAGAUUGGCCCGCGGGCCAGACUUUGGACAUGCCUGGUCUAAUGGCACGUCAUCAACGAGCAGCUCUAAUGUGUCUGAUAAGACACAAGAGCUCUCGGUAUGAAUAUUUGACUCCACCUCACAUUGUGUUAAUAUGCGAGGGGAAUAGUCACACAAUCACAAUCACUCUGACAAAGCACCUAUUACUGAGUGUGUCAUAGAGAGGCGCGACAUGUCUCUUAGGUAAAACCUAAUAAAAGAGCAUGGGGAAGCCCAGGAGGCUGCUGUGCAGAUAUCCUCCAUAGGCAUCCCUCUUUGCAGAGCGACAGAGUACGAUAUUCCUCUGGUCGAGUGAGCUCUGAUAGUCUCAGGAGGCUCUGCCCCCGCCCCUCCAUAAGCCUGUGUAAUGGCUUCACACAGCCAAUGUGUCAGCCGUUGUUUCGUCAGGGGGAGGCCCUGGGAAUGAUCUCUGUAAUGCACAAAUAACUGUUGAGAUUUGCGCAGAGCCUCCCUGCGCUUCACAUAACAGGCAAGCGCGCGUACGGGGCACAAGAGAUGGGCUGUUGCUUCCUCCUCAGAUUGAUGAGGGAGAGAGAAACCAUUGAGUGUUAUUACUCUCGAUCUGAACGAGCUAGUAAUACUCUUUGGUGUAAAAGCCGGGUUCGGGCGUAAUAUGGCCGAACUGCCAUCUCCUUGUAUUCUAAGACAAGAAAGGGCUACAGAAAGUGCAGACAGGUCGCUCACUCUCUUAACUGACGUCAGGGCCAGCAGAAAAGCUGUCUUGGCUGACACUAAUUUGAGGGGCACCCGGUCAAGAGGCUCAA